AGUUUUUAACAGGGGGGGGGGAGAAUCUAUCGACAUGUUGGGUUGUGUGCCCGUGUUACUGGCCCUGGCCGCCGGCUGCUGGAGCGGAUCUUUAGCCCUUGGUCCCCGCAUCCACUGCCCGCCUUGUGACGAUAAGGCGAUAUCUGUGUGUGGGUCACCGCCUCCCGCUUGUCACUUGGUGAAGGAGCCGGGCUGCGGGUGCUGCCUGACUUGUGCCCGGGACCAGGGGCGCAGUUGCGGGGUGUACACCGAGGUGUGCGCCGCCGGUCUGCAGUGUUUGCCCAAACCCCGAGAGGAGAAGCCGCUACACGCCUUGUUGCAUGGCCGUGGCAUCUGUAGCCUGGCCAAGACCCAGCGCCGAACACAGCCGACCACCCCAGAGGGGGGGUCCCCCGAGGCGGAGGAGCCGGCACCCGAGGGCGUGGAUGAGGGGUACGUGGAGAAGCCGCCCGCGAGGAAGCACGUGAGGCUCUCCACGCACAAGGAGCAGGCGCUGAGGAAGGACCGCGAGAAACGGCUGCGCAUCUCCAAGAUCAUCUCGUCGUCCGAGAACACGGCCCAGGAGCGGCUGCAGUCGGCCUACAAGCACGAGGCUGAGCUGGGUCCGUGCCGCCGGCAGAUGGACGUGGUGUUGCAGAGCCUGCGGAAGGAGGCCUACCUCAGCCCCCACGAGGUCUACAUCCCCAACUGUGACCGCAAGGGCCUCUACAAACGCAAGCAGUGCAAGCCGUCGAAGGGUAAGAGGCGUGGGCUGUGCUGGUGCGUGGACAAACACGGCUUCAAGCUGCCUGGAUCAGACUACAUGCACCACGAUGCCCAAUGCCACACCUUCGAGAGCGACUGACAUCCCUCUCUCCCCCCCCAACCCCC